AUGACGAUUGUCGGGAAUGUUGCCGGGCCUUGUAUGUUUGACCCCGAAUUCGAGCUCUUAAAGCAUAACUAUUUUAUUCCCGCAGUCAUUUGGACCUUCGUUCCAUCCAAUGGCGCCGGUCGCACUAAGAAGUCAGUCACUGAAACUGCCGGUUUUGUGGCUUACUGCGCUGUUGACUGCGUUGAAGCUCAGAUUUUCCAGAGCAAGGACGCGCCGAGGUGCAUUCCGGCGAUCGUAGUGUGCUCAAUCAUGUACGCCUUAGAGAUAGUCAUUAUGAUAGCUUGGAGAACAUACUAUAUAUGGCAAAACAAGCGUCGAGCGAAGCUGAUCGCUGAUCUAGGCAUGUCCGAGGAAGAGUCGGGGCAUCAGGGUCGCUUGAAUGCAGAAUUGGAUAUGACUGAUUACGAAAAUAUCCGUUUCAAGUACAGUGUCUAA